AUGCGCGUUGUCUUAGAGUGCGGCUUCUCGAGAGUGGAGCACGCGUGUCUGUCCAACCCCUGUGCCAAUGGAGGGACCUGCGUAGAGGAGGCUGAGGGCUUCUACUGUGUGUGUCCCGAGGGCUGGACUGGACCCAGCUGUACCACAGGCGUGAACGAGUGCCAGCCCAAUCCGUGCAGCCAGGGGGGGACGUGCCGGCAGCUCCAGCACGGGUUCGAGUGCCUUUGCCCACCGCAGUGGACCGGCAGAACGUGCCAGCUGGACACUAACGAGUGUGACAGAGGGGUGUGUGUCCAUGCUGUGGCGUGCCACAAUCUGAUCGGAGGAUACUUCUGCGACUGUCAGCCAGGCUGGACCGGGCAGGACUGCGACAUCACCAACCACACCUGCCAGGGGAAGUGUCAGAAUGGGGCCGUGUGUGAGGAGUCUCUGACAGGCUACAGGUGUCAGUGCCCUCCGGGCUUCACAGGGUCUUACUGCCAGACCAGGGCGAGCCACUGUGACAGUGCCCCCUGUCUGAAUGGAGGACACUGUGCUGAGGAAGAGGAGACUCCGCAGUGCCACUGCCCCCUAGGCUACAGUGGGAAACACUGUGAGGAAGUGCUGGACCUCUGCAAUCCCAACCCAUGCCAGCAGGGGGCGCCGUGUCAGAGCACGGAGGGUGGCUACCUGUGUGCCUGUCCCCAGGGCUACGAGGGGAAGGAGUGCUUGAGCCUGAAGGACACCUGCCAUGAGCCUCACUGCCAGGGAGAGCCUUCUGGGAGCACAGCAACGCACACAGGCUCCGGGAGCACUCUGUACGUGGUGAUGGUCGUCCUGCUGGCCAUGUUGGUAGUGGGAACGACGCUGUGCAUCUACCUGCUGGCUCAGCUCCGGAGGCGCAGGAAGGAGCGCCAGCACGCCGGGCAGGACGAGGGCAUCAAUAACCAGCGGGAGUGCGUCACCCUCAUCCGGAACCUGGGCGGCCCUCCCCCAGUGCCCCGCUGUCGUGAGGAGAUUGAGCUGAGCCUGCCGCCCACCCCAGAAACCAAGAAGCCCAGGAGGAGCAGCGCCAAGCUGGACAUCUCCAACCGGGAGCGCGAGAAACUCAACCGCUUCCACUUCUCCGACAGCCAGGAGGUGGAAGUGUGAGGCCCGCCCCGCCUGUCGGCUUCUGUCCGUCUGCCACUGCGGCCACCCGUGCUCCCAGGCUUUGCAGGCCUUGCUAGGCCCCCGAGGGAAGGGAGUGAGGGGUUUGGCUGCUGAGGAGGCUGGAGAUCGUGAGCCUUGAUUGCCCAAGAGGGGGCGAACUGCUGCACAGCUCUGUUGACUCCCACACCUCAACCCUUGUGGCAUUUUCCCCCUGAGUUGGAACUCUUGACAUAAGCCUGAGAGCCUGAGAGCCUGAGAGAAGAAGGCCUCUCUUUGGCGUGUCUGGGUAUCGGUGCGCCUGCUCUGCCCUGUUGCCACUAUGAAGGUUCCUUCCUUUUGAUGGAGGCAGUGAUGUGAGGGUCAGCAUUGAACUUCUCAUUCCAGCUGUUAAACUAAUCGCAUUUCCUUUAUUGGAAGAAUAAAGUAUUGUGUUGUUUUUUUUUUGUUUGUUUCUCAUGUCAAUGAAGGCAAUAUUGUGUAUAUGUGUGUGUUUUGACAGGUCCUUUAACGAUAGAGCUGCACCUGGUGUUCGUAUAAAAGCUUCUGAGCAGCUGUUGCGUGGGUAGAGAAAUCUAUACAGUACAUCCAGCAAUGUUAUCAGUAAAUCUGAUUCAUACUCUGCUUGUUAAAUGUCUUGUUCAAUGUGUUUUGCCUUCUGGAGAGAAUGUGCAAAGCUAGAGAAAGUCCUGUGGGGACAUAGUUCAGUGCUGCGCAGACCUGAGUCAGAAGUGUCUUGACAUUGCAGUGCAACUCCUAUAUGUGUCCCUCCUGUACCCUUUACACAGCUAAAGAGCACUCUCUACUUCACAUGUGUGUAAUCCGUUUGAAUUUUAAUUUACAAAUAAGUCAAAAGCGUGAGAACGAAAUAUUUCGGCCACUUUUGUUAGAUAUGGUUUUGCGAUAGACAUCCACCAGAUCAAACUACAGCCUAGGCCAAACACGACUCCACUGUGCCAGACCAGUUGCCCUCCACCAAUCCUGCUGAGCACAGGUGGGCUCUCCAUAACCCCUUCCCUGCUCUGUAUCUCUGUACACCCACUUUCACCAGACCUCUGGAGGUUCUGAACCAGAACUGGGCUAUGGUCCCACUGAACAGGGCCUGUGACCCCGCCUGAGAGAAGAGGAAGUGACGGGGGGUGCAGUGGGGACCCCAACAUUAACAAAGUGUAGCUUCCAGAUUGCGUUACUGAUCGGGGGUCUUAAGAGCUCAUUGCAUGGGGGCAUGAGUUACAUUUCUGUAGUGUCGGAAAGACAGGCUGGAGGACAGACCUCUUGACCACAGCUGGACAGUACACACUGGCCAGUUUGACUGACCCCUUCCCUGAGAGGCUGUGGGGUGGAGAACGGGGAGGUGAUUUAGUCCUGUCUGAUGGAGGUUUUCUGCGAUUGUUCCUCAGCUCUGUUUCUCAAGGAGCCACAGUCCCUGAGGGGUUAAGAAUAUGAGGUUGGUCACAGACAGGAGGAGCCACUCAGCUCAUCCAGCCUGUUUGGAAGUUAGUAGCUAACCUGAGGAUCUUAUCUAGCAGUUCCUUGAAGGAAGCCAGGGUAGCGUCUAUGUCAGUGGCUGGAAGCUUGUUCCACACUCCCACAAUUCGUAAAGAAGCGCCUGCUGUUUUCGGUUUCAAAUCCAGGUCCACAUAGGCUCCACUUGUGUCUUCUGGUCUGUGUUUGAGUGGUUUGCUAUUUCUCUUUAGGCCUGGGGAUAAGCGCUCAGUUAAGUGAAAAAUUAGUGGUUCAAUUAACUAAUUAUCUGCUCAGAUGGAAUGACAACCUGAGGACCCCAUUGCCCUUGGGAAAAUGCCCUUAGGAGCUGAAGACAAUGGCAAAGAGCAACCUAGAAAGGUUACUAAUAAGGGAAAAUAAUCUAGCUCAUCCAGCUCGUUUGGUAGUUAGUAGAUGACAAAAGGAUAUUGUCCCCUUUGAGGCGGCACGUUCAUGCUUGUAAAAGAUGUAUGAUUUUUGUACUUGUCUGUAAAUAGUUCAGCUGUAUAUAGUGUACAUAUUUAUAUUUUGUCUUUUAUUUACCAUUUUUGUACCGUGAAAUCUUUGAGAGUUUUUGGUUCAUCUCUGCCCUUUUUCCUUGUGUCUCUCGUGAUGGCCAACCGGUGCGAACAGUAAUUAAAACUUGUUUAACACCAA